AUGCUUCUUGUUAAAUUAACUAAUAUUUUAAUAUCACAAGCUCUACCUCUAUAUUUUACAAUCAUCACCUUGAGAAAUAACACAUCUGAUAAACCAGAUACUGGCGCUUUGCACAAUGAUACUAAUCAGGAAGAGCCAAAGGCCAACACUACUAAUCAUUAUGUGACAUCUGUUAUAUAUUCUUAUUUAGGGUAUUCUAAUCAGUAUACUGAUCACACAACAAGUACUAGCACUGUUGCCACAUCAACUGACAAACUAGAUAAUAAUAACUCUGCUAAAAAGAAAAAUAUUAUACUAAAAUAUUGGAGUGUCUACUUAAGUUAUUAUUUUUUUAUAAAGCCAUUUGUUUUUAUAUUAGCAGAUGAAUUGGAGUUUGUCCUGACAUGUGUGUUAUUAAAUAAUUGUGUUAAAGAAUAUAUUUUGAUUAAUAAUGUUGAAAAUAGUAAGAAAAUUCAAAAUUCAUGGCUAAAUUAUUUUUUCCAGUAUUUAUUGUUUUUUACUAAUGCUUUUGAGCACUUUAUCUUUAAACAUAAAGAUGAACUAUUUAAUAUUAUAAGACCUGGUGCUGCUACUUUUAUUGGCAAUGACGAUGUUAUUAGAGAUUCUACUGGUGUUUCCAAUAAUGGUAUGGAAAGUAGUAGUCCACAGAACAAACCCAAUUUAAAAGAAACGAAAAAAUCAUGGACUAGUUUAUUUUGGGGUUAUUAUUCCAAUGCGGACAAUGAUAACAAUACUAAGUAUGAGCUUGAUUCUAAUUCCAAUGUUAACGGUGAUACUGGUAAUGGAGAACAGCAAGCUUAUGAGCAAUAUGAUUUAUUACUGGACAUUUUACCUGAGCCCUUUGGUAAUUAUAACAAAAAAAAAAAUGAGUGA